GGCUCUGCCAUGUUGAGUAGAUCGCACGGAACCGUAAGAAAGAGAGCCUCCUGCAAGACAAGAAAAGAAGUGGUAUGAGCAUAGAUCUAAAAUGUCCACCAUUGAAUAUAAUAGUUUGCUCUUCGAAAUAAGCGAAAGGAUCGACGAACUGAAUGCACUCCAACGUCUUGUUUUUAUUUGCCGCGGGAAGCUAACCCAGUCUGGCAGUGGAAACGUACACGACGGACUGUCAUUGUUUAAGGAACUAGAGGAACACGGUUAUCUAGGAAUUGAUCGCCUCAAACUAAUGAAAGAGCUGUUGAAAAGUGUUAAGGAAUGGUCUCUGAUUGGAAAAGUUAAAAAAUUAGAGAAUAAGCGAAAAGAAUACAAAGGCUUGCUUGAAAAGAUUAUCUGUGCACUCGACGAACUCAAUGAUAUGGAACGGCUGAUCACGUUAUGUAGAGGAAAUAUUCGUGAAGGCAACAUUGGUAACAUUGUUGAUGUUCGCUCCUUGUUCGAAGAGUUAGAAAAUCAGGAAACUCUGGGAAUCGACUGCCUCGAUGUUGUCAAGGUCAUUCUAGCAGAAACGGGAAAGACCGAUCUUUUCAAGGAAGUGGAAGAGUUUGAAGAACGAAGAGACCAUGAAGAUGAAUUCGAAGCAAAGAAAGGUAUUUAGUUCUCUGUUUUCUUCAUUCUUAUAAUAAUGGCAGUACUCACAGAAGGUAACUAUAGGAUCAUAGUUGAGUUCUGCGAAAGUGUGAUCCUACAAAAUUCCAUUGUCUUCCACGAGAUAUUUAGGAAGGAAUUUAAUUUUCUCACGGCCGGUUUGGUCGCUAGUUUAGUUCGAAAACAUUCCCAUUGGACUGAAUUUUUUUUAUCGGUAACUGAGCUAGUGGUAGGCGUUUAGAAUGCAGGGUUAUGUUUGUGUUAGUGGGAAGUUGGUGUCAGAGUGUUUCUAUAUUUAUGCGGCCGUUAUUAUGUUUAAUUUAAGCAUCACCCUGCAAGUGGCCAGACCCUUUCUUGUGGUGAUGGUCAACAAGAUACGACGUAUUUUCCUUAUAGGAAAUGAAAAAUGAAGCCCCUUGUAACCAUGCCGCUUUUGUCUUUUACAAGCUAUGGGUGAAAGCUUAGAGAAAAAAUGUGAUGUUUACGCCGCGCUCUGCUUCGCUUUUUGGGCACUAAAGCGUUACGAAAUGUGAGACUGUUUAUUUUCUUUCGUUGACACAUCAUAGUCUAGAAGUCUGAGAGUUUCUUUUGUGUAUUUUCUUGUUCAUAAACUUGUUUUAUCCACUUAGAUCUCAAAAUUUCACAAAGUACGUGAACUUAUCAGAGAUUCUGCAGUGAAUUAGCUAAAAUCGAUUGAUAGCUUCGUUGUGCCUUUAUUAUCUUCGCCAUCAGACAAUUGAUUGUUUGUUGCAGAUUACAUUCAGAUUUAAAGAAACAAACUGCGAUUUCUUUAAAUGUUCAACAAACUGGUUUGUUUGGGAUCGAGUAUUAUUCUGAAUGAUAAUCCCUAACCCCAAACGCUUUCGUGGCUUUAAAGAACAGAAAAUCUAAAUUUAAUAAGAGGAGCGUGGCGUGACAUCCCGAAGAUCGAGCGAGAGAUAAACGCCAAUCAGAGCUUGUGUUCACAGCUAUACGUAGAUGUUAAAUUCUUGGACAAAGUAGCCUAUUCCAACCUUGAUCCUUGAUACAAAUAAGAAGAGAAGGAGGCUUCAGCUGUUGCACAUCUCAAUGGACAAAAACUGGGACAAAAUAUACCUCUGUGAUCAUGUUACUCCACACUGUGCAAACCUUGGCCUUCUUAAUUCAACACACUGGGAUUGCAUGAUAAAAAACAACAGCAACAACAACAAAAGAAAUACAAAUAUCAACCUAUCCCUUCUAUUUGAGCCACAUAACUAUGCUAUUCAAGGUAUCGGAAUAAAUAUAUUAAGAAAAUUUGGCCCAUUAUUAGUGGAUGCAAUUACUGGAAUGAAAUUCCUCUGCAUGUAUCUGUACAAAAAAGCAUACACUGCACCAGUAUUAGUUUGCUUGGUGCCAACAUCUUGAUUAUUACCAUCAUUGUUAUUCUCUUUGAAGAAGUAUAACAUGACACAGUUACAAGGGCUCUUAGUUUGUCUUGAUCAACCUUUGUCCUCCCUAUCUAUUUAUUAUUUAUAUUAUAAUCCCUUUUUUUUAUUUUAUGUUUGACUCUUGCAAGUUUCAGCUUCAUUAUGUUACUUUUGUGGUAUGAUGAAUGUUGUUACCUAUGCGUAUUCGCAUUCAGUCUGAUAAGGAAGGGAGAAAUGUUACCACAACACUGAAAGUUUCACUCUAAAAAGUGCUGUUCUAUUUUGAUGACCCUUCAUUCCAAGGGACUACCUACUUUUAUGAGCUUCCUUCUCAACCUUAAAAUUGGCAUAUCCAGCAAAUUACUGAGCUAGUUACUUGCCACACUUUGGAUGAAUAUCCAGGAAAGGAGCAAAGUCUUUUGACCCACAUUUGCUGUUUCUUUUAUUUUAGAACAAAGAGCUGCUCUUAUGUCAUCUGUGAGAAGCACACUAAUGGGAGGUGAGCUUUUUAAAAUGUUAUUUGUGUUUUUCACUAAUUUAAAGGUUGAUGUAGGAUUUCCUUUCUGUCUCUGGGACAUAACAUGAAGAGACAAUUAGGAAAGAGACUGGUGACUUUAAGAAAAAAACCUUCGUUUCCAACAGAGAGCCAGUGCGAACUAAAUCACUACUCAUGAUUUUCUACUCAUGACUUUCCUGACUUUUCAGUGGUAAACAUAAAAACAGUAUUCAAAGUGGUUGCUGGUGGCCUUACAGUCGUUUCUGCCAUGGAGGUACUGAGUCGUUGGUCCUCAUUUGAUCAACUGGUCGCUGCCGUACAAACCUGUGUGCUUCCAGCCGGUACUAGUCUGGUUCAAAUUACUGAUGGCUGCGUGUGCCUUACAGUUCAAGCUGAAAGUUUAUCAGCUCUUAAAACUUUGUGGAAAUUGUAUCAGGAUAGAACCCUUCAGAAACGACUGUACGAUUUCUUUGUCACUGAGAUGAGAGAACUCGCCGAGGGAGAGGAUGUGGAGGUGAAUGUCACCAUCGAUGAAGGCGAAUAUCAGAAAGCUUGUAUCGAGCUUAUACCAGGGGUCCAAGGUAACUCAGCGUUGCUAUGUUCGACGUACAAUUAGCAAAUUUCUGAGCCCGGAUUAUCAUAUGGAUAAUCGUCGGAUCAUAUCGAUGGAUCGUGUUUAGCAUUCCUUGAUACAUAUUUUAUUGUCUGCUUUGAGGGUAAAAAAACCAAAAGGAAAUAAAACGAAGGGCGUAACUGUCUACCGCAUAUUACUGUGUUUGUGACCGUUCUCUAUGUAGAAUCCCCCACCCCCCACCGGAAAAAAAGUGAACCACCCUUAUUCAGGGUUUUCAAGUUUCUUGGGGUUUUUUCAUGAGCUUUCCCAACUUCUCUUCUUUUUCUCAAUGCCUCAAAUAGUUAUUGCAUGAACAAAGUCGUACAGAAAACUGUUUAUUACGGAUACGGUUGCUACGGAGGACAGAGGCCCAUUAGUGCUUAACAAGUAAAUUUUUAUUUUGUCCGUUUUAUCUAAUGUGUGAUGGAUGGAAAAAUACAAGUAAUGAGCUCGGACAAUUAGAAGGAGCAGAUUGACUUCUCUGUGUAUUCUUAAAUAUUUCUUGGUAAUGAUAUUUUUAACUUAAUAUUGCAAGUUCGAAGUCAGACUCGGGCACUAUUUCUCAACAAUUUACCUAAAGUUGUAUCUUAUCCUACCACUUACCUUUAGGGCUUUCCUUUGAAGAAUAAAUUUAUCGAGCUAAUAAUAUCAGAUUUAUAGUUAUCGUUCAUUUUUAUUUUAUUACUUUAAGGAGGUGCAACCAUUGACUAUGUUGAAAGAAGACGACGAAACUCCGACUCAGCUGUGUAUUUCAACGCAAAAGAAUUGCCACUGUCGAGGCUUAAAUAUCUAGAAACUGAAGUGAAAUAUCUCCACAACAGUAUCGCACUUCUGGAAGAAAAAAAAGAGAAUUUGGGGUCGCAUCCUUUCGAGCAAAAGGAAAUUGCACCUACAAGAUCAUCCGCUGAAAAUUUUGGUUAGGACUGAUUUUGAAAUUGAACACUCUAAGCUCGAAGUUUGUUUUCUUUUUUCGUUUUUCUAGUUCUUUUGUGGUAUGCCGUUGUCAUGAAUUACCAUCCUCAGCAUUUCGUUUUGAUUGUUAUGUUACCAAGUUCCUUAAAUAGUGUGAAAACUUAGAUCACCACUGAAAACCGCCUUGGCGAGUUUGGUUCCCUCAUUAAAUAUUACUCUUAUUAUCAUUAUUGUUAUUAUUAUUAUUAUUAUUAUUAUUAUUUUAUUUUUUAUCAUCAUCAUCAUCAUCAUCAUUAUUAUCAUAAGUUAUCACGGCUCUAACUGUGAGGUAAUCUGUCUCAGAUUACAAACCAUGGGACCCCAAGAAGAUGGAGGAAGACACGAUAAAGACGGAAAGAUCAGAAGAUCUCGAAAGUAAACUAAAAAUGAAGUUAAUGGGCGAUGAAAAAAUGGAUUUUGUUCAGUGGUAUAUAGAGAAUGUGCACGAGACAUUUAGCAUAACGACUGAGGCAAGUGAGAGCGGUUUGGGAACACGCACUACUGUGUCCGAAGAGGAAAUAGAAGACGUGAGAGGUAAAACUAACCGUUGUUUCGGUCGUUAUUUUCAAUAAAACAAUGUUAACGGUGACUCGUAGCAAAAGGAAUAGGGUUGUCAGUCUCAGCUUAUUGCAAGAAGUCGCAUCCAAAUUUGCAUUUGAAGGAGAAAGAAGUAUUUUCAUAUUUGUUUUCAUUUAAAUUUACACGCAGUUAUGGGCGUAGCACUCGAGCCGCAAAAAAGAUCAUCAAUGUUGCUUUUCGUAUAUCCAAUAAAAAUAAACCUAUUAGAAGACUAACAUAGGGUACGGUCCAUUAGCGUAAUCACCGCCUUUCUAAAAUGUAUUCUCUUCUGGAGAGAUAUGGCACCCUUUCCACCACGUCAACAGCGAUUUAGGCCGUUCAUGCAACCAAAAUAAUCACUCGACAACAACUAUUUAAUUACCGACGGAUGAACAUUAUACUGCGUGGUGCUGCGUGGUGAUUCGCUCAGGCAGACAACCAUUGACAAUUUUAAUGCGCUUAGGGGAAACACAAAUGUUUCCAAUGCCAAAGGUGAACGUUUUACAAACUGCCUUAGUAACCCUUCAUUAUGUGUUUUCUUUUGUGGACAUUUUCCGCCCAAACAUCAAAAGAAAAAAAAUGUCCAUCCUUCGGAAAAUGCUACAUUACACCCCAUCUCAUUAUGAAAACAAUCUGUCCUCAAAGGUCACUCCUCACGGUCCCAAAGGUGGUCUUUGUGGAGAAAUUCUACCGUAAUCAAGUGUUUCUAAUCGAUAUUUAUUCUUUUAACCCUAUUCAGAUUCCAGUGGAUUUUUCCUUAAAGAUCUGAGGAAAGAGUCAAUUCACGAACUGGAUAGGAGACUUUUUGUUGACAAAGUCGGGAAGGAAAGGGUUUUUCAAUUUUUUGGUCUGAAAAUGAACUUGAUUCCUUCCGAGAAUAGUUAUGUUUGUCCCAUGAAGUGGAUUGCACAAAGCUUUCCAAACACUCCUGUUGACCUAAUAAGGCAAUGUUUCGAGGCUCUGCAAAUGAACGAUCUUGUUGCCUUUCUGAAACCAAUUUCACUUCGUCCUGUCCUUUCCUCGGGAGAAGUAGAGACGUUACGUACUGGUGAUCUUCCCACAAAGUCUCACAACAAUGUGUUAGUGCUGGUAGUAAAUGACAGUACGGACAAGGACCUCGAUCAAAAGAUGGAGGGAUUUUUCAAAGAAUUAAAUUCACAGAACAAUGUCACAGUAAUUGGAUCUUCUUGCUCAGAAGAAAACCGCAAGGAACUGAAUGAUUUGAAAAUGAAACAAAUGCGUAAGAAAGAACUAAGCAAGGAGGUAGAGGCAUGUAACUAUUCUCUUCACAGUGCAACCAGCAAAAGUAAGAUGAUUACAAAGGAAUUUGUGCUCUCUGCCCUGAGGUUUAAAGUCGCAGAACUUGAAAAAGAAAUGGAGAUGAACAAACCGCUAGUGGAGGUGCAACUGAAAGUGAAUGAGGAGAAAAGGAGGAUCAUAACGUCUACAAUGGACAACUGGAUUCAGAAUCAAGGUUGGUAUAGAGUAUCGACUGUUUGAAAUAGUUCUGGUUUGAAACGCACUUUGAGGCUCACACAACUGGGAGCAGUUUGAAGAAAACGAAACCACAACAGCUGAGGAAUUGAUACACGAAACAAUCAUCAUGACUUGACGUGAUCUCGUUUCGUUAUUAUGUCGCCAAAGUAAAACAUGCUUAACACAGGAACCGAAAGGACGGGGUACAAUUAAGUGUAUUUUCAUUUCUCACUGGCUCAGUUAGGGUGAUUCCUCAGAAAAAUAAGUUAUGACAAUUUUUUUAAACUUUCCUUAAAUGUUCCUCUCUAAUGUCUGUCUCGAAAAACGUAAUCAAAAAGAUAAGUCACAGGGCUUGUUUAAGACAUAUGAUGGGCCAAACUUACCCCAUUUAAGUCUGUACUGGCACUAAUUACGCGCGUCAUUUCAUCGGUUAACGGUACAUUUUGCUGCAGCUGAAAACGAUGCAAAAAAAUUCGAUAAGUAGAAAGUAUCGAGCGUAGGGAACAUUUUGAUAAUUUGUGGGAAAAUUACGCAAAUUUAAACGACAUCGAUUCAAAUCGUUUCUCGACUCGUUCCUUUCAAGGUCAUAAUUUGCAUAAUCGAGUAACGGGCUUCGUGCACGCUUUUAGCUUUAUCUUUUUCCCUUUCAAAAGAUUUUUUGUUAAUUUCCUCAAUUUAAAGGGGGUAAUCUGUACACCAAAAUUAUGCAACAAAAAAUAUGGGUCACCGUGCUCGUUCAAGAGCUAAAGACCAUCGCACCUUUUUACCUGGUCCAUUGGUUAAAAAACAAUACUACGUUCUUGGAAUGUGCGCGCUUAUUAGCCUGAUUACGUUAUUCUUAUGCGCAGUACAGAAUGCGUAGGCAAUACUGAGGAACCACCUUAACGUCCCCUUGUCCAUGACAAUGAGAGAAAGAUUACGCAUAAAAUAUUUAUCAGUGACGCAAAUUCGUAUUGAGACAAGCUUUUCGGCUUGGUGUCGUCAGCAAUUGCUUGCUUUUCUUUGUCUCUGUUCUUUUUUUCAUAUUUCAUUGUUGUUAUUUCCGUUCAACAGAGAAAUUCACGGCGGUUUUUCUUGCUUUCAUCAUCGAUGAAAAGGAAUCAAUUUACGAUUAUGAUGUUUUAACAGAAUGUGUGGCGUCCAAGUUGUCAUCACUUCCAUACCACACGAAAAUCGUGGUUGGUGCUCCGAGGUGGAUUAUCAUUAAUGAGGUUCCCGAGAUGCUAUCUAUUGGUUCUCCGGACUGGCCAAUUAACUCCUCAAUCUUCAAUUCGAUGAUUGAGAUGUUCGUUGAGCGAUACCACGAAUUGGAUCUCGUUUCAAUGAUGAGAGAAUUUUUAAGAACAAAGCAAGUUGUGAGUGACAUCCGAAGCAAUCUUUCUACUCUUCCAAGGUUUGAGAAAAGGAAAGAACAGGAGCUCGAGUGAAGCUAGUCAUAUGUGAAUUAAAUGAGACACUGUUGUUGUUGGGCGGUAGAGGAUUUUUGUUGUAUCACGAUUUUAUAUGAUCCCCUCUUCACUGGCAGUUAAUCGACUGAUCCCCCUCCGAUUCCUCCCCUAAAAAAAAAAAAAAAAAAAAAAAAGAGUAAUCUUCCCAGAAUCCUCCACUCCCCCUCCCCAGGUGAUGAAUAAUUACUUGUUCCCGACAGAAUAUUACGAAUGCUAAAAAUAUCAGGGUUGUUCAAUUUAUUUGCCUAUAUUAGGGAGCAAAUGCUAUUUACAUUCAAAGGUGUUCAUCAUGUAGUUGCGGACAAAUUUAUUUGCAAAAGGACGAUGAAUGAAACCUGGGAAAGGAGUAUACCUGAAUCGCCUCUCAAGGGAAUAUUCUUUAAACGUUUUUUUUUUUUCGCAAUUAUCCUCUCGGUGGUUUGAGUUAAUGUUGUCUCUUACUUAGAGCUAAGCAGUAGAGUUGCACAGGUAUCAUAGCGCGAAACUAGAAUGAACUUAAGCAUGCGUGCACGCAAGAUUCUCUUUACUGGCAUUUACAUCUUUCGUCCACUUUGGCGCUUUGCCCGCUGCGUUUCUUCUCCAAGCAAAGGAAAAAUAAAAAUCACUAGUAUCUAUAGAGAUCGCCUCUUAUGAGUAAGAUAUUGAUUCAUAGCUUUUAAGGUUGGUAGGUUGGUGGAUGGGCACAGAAUUCAUAAAGCUGACAUUUAUUACACGAUGUAACCGAGUAUCCAAAGCUGAUCUACACGAACAAACAAUAGUUCAGAUAACUAUAUUAAAAUACCAGGUAUGCGAAAUUCAGCUAUAGAGACUAGUUUUGAUGUGUUAAUUGGAAUUUUUGUAACAAUGUGACAAUAAUAUUUAAUAGAAAAUGAAUGAAGUGACUC